AUGAAUUAUGACUCUCCUCCAAAUGCAGGGCCUAGACAGGAUUGGCGAGCUGGAGUCACUCCUUGUGGGCAGCUCAGUAUAGAGUUCGUUAUUGGGGUUGGGGCGGGGGAAGAUUUCCCAUGUCAAGGCCUUCGCCCGCCUAUUAGGCUGGGCCUAGACAGGAUUGGCGAGCUGGAUUGCCCAUGGGCCUAA